AAAUUUUGAAUCUAAUUUAUAUAUUUUCAGAUUAAAAAAAUAUCAGAUCCUUAAAUUUUCAGAUUUAAAAAUUCAGAUUCGUAAAUUUUCAGAUUUAGAAAUUUAGAUUUGUACAUUUUCAGAUUAAAAAAUUCAGAUCUCUAAAUGUUGUGUAUUAAUUAAACAUUAAUUAAACAUGCCUGUCCACUUGAGCUGGAGGAAAUGUAUCUAGCUAGCUAGUUUAGCUAGAUAACGCUAGAGAGCUAGUUACCACAGAGGGGGAUUGAAAGUUUUAGAUUAUUUAAUUUGUCUUUUUGUAACUUAUCUCAUGUCUAAUUUGUUAUAAAACACUUCUGAUACUACAGUGACACACUACAGUUAGGAUUUAUGUAUAUUUUUGAUAGAUAGAUAGACUUUUACUUUAAGCCAGCUUAAAGUACUUUAACUUUAGCCAGCUAGUUCAUUAGCUAACCUAGCUCCUAGCGUUCAGUAGUGUAGGUUAGUUCAGUGUGUCAGUGUGUAAUAAACUGAGCUUUAUUCAUCAUGAUUAUGAUGAGACUCGGUUUACAGGCACAGAGAGUGUUUCAUAGCUUUAGCCGCUCGCUCUCCGGUCACAGCGUUUCAGGCGUUUUACAGAUUCAGGGAUUUGGAGCACUAUGGAAAUCUCCCUCAGCCUUCCAGAGCCUUCGUCCAUUCUCGAUGUCACUGUGGCCUUCCAAUAUUCAUCUGCAAGACUACAGUGAGCCCAAUGAAUCAUGGAGCCCAGAGAUGCGACAACUGUAUGAUCAGUAUAUUGCACUCUGUGAAGUGAGGACUGAUGGAGGCGAGGUGAAGACGGGACCUUGGCAGAAGCUGCCCAGCUACAACCGUACUCUCAAACAUGGCAUAGUAGCAGCACAGCGUCCUAAAACAAUCGACCCAAGAGCUCGUCUCUUCACAAGGAAUGUAGAGGAGAAGGGGGCAGCGUUUGAGUAUGUGGUUUUUAUGAAUGAUCAGGAGAGGAGGUGUGUGUGUGUAUUUCAGAGUGGACAUCUACUGGAGGGACCACCUGGGUAUGUGCAUGCAGGAGCAGUAGCCACAAUGUUUAGUACUGUGACGACCACUCUCUCUAUGCUAUUUGGGAGAGUUUUGACUGCCAAUCUGAACCUCAACUUUCGCAGCCCAGUACCUCUAGGUAGCGUCAGCCUUAUUCAUAGUGCUGUGGAUAAAGUGGAGGGGAGAAAGAUCUUCGUAACCUGUAGGAUGACCAGCAUCGAUGAAUCUAAACUAUACACAGAUGCUACAGCGUUAUUUUUGUCUGGUAAAUUGGGCCAUGUAUUUGGGACAAAAAGUGUAUAGCAGGCCAGACACUAAUGUAGAUGUGUGCACACCUGGGUGUGUGCCUGUGCGAAAUGACCAGCUAGUGGUGCAAAUAUUUUACCACUACCAGCUGUCACAACCACACAGGACUUCCUGUGAAGUGCAGUGUUUAAACUUUCUCCAGAACAAUUUAUUUUAAAUAUUUUAUUUGUAGUAUUUUUUUAAACCAAAUGACUAUUCGCUCAUAAAUUAUAUCACAUUUAUUUGGUUCUAUUUUUAUUAAAAUGAAUUCUUACAUCUGUAGAUACAGUACUCUGCAAAAGUCUUAGUCGUUCUUGAAUGAAAUUUGUGCUAAAUUAAAAAUGUGUAUUUAGGCAGCAUGCGUGUAGUGCCUCGAAAAAUAAUACAUUACUUUACAAUACAUACAUGUAUACUAAAAAACAGGUUGUAUUCUAUUAUAGAAGAAUAUAGUUAAAAGAACACAGGUUUUGUAGCUGUAAAAAAAAAUCUGUCAACAUAAAUUAGUAUAUUACUGUAUAUUACUUUCUCACGUGGACUAAGACACUUGACAGUACUGUAUGUAUUUUUUUGAAUGCUGCAAUGGCUUGUUUUGUAAUUUUAGGAACCAUAUUUCUCUUAAUCUGUUCAAAUAUUUAUUACAGCAACAGUGUUUCCCUACAUAGCUUCUGUACAUCUGCCUUCCUAUACAGUGUAGUACCACCCAUAAUCAGCUUCACCUGAUCCAUCUAAUUAUUACCUUCAGAAGUCCUGAUUAGCUGUAAUUUGUCAGAAGGAAAACGUCCAGGAGGAAGGAUGAUAAAACCACUGUGGUCAGACUAUAUUACAUAUUACAGCCCUGGAUUCAAGCAUGUUUUUCAUGGUUGUUGUUAUACUGCUAAACCCAGGUUUGAAUCAGUUCUGAGUUAAGCAUUUUAAAUAUGGGUUGUUUAUUCGGGCCGAGAAAACUAGUAAAGAGAAUAUUCAUCUUUACUGAUUUCUAUAACACUUUAAACCAAUCCUAGACAGGAAUUUGAGUCAGGAUUGCUGCACUGUUAUUUCAUUUUACUGUAAAACACCAAUUCAGUUUUACCUUUAAACAUUUUAAAAUGUUUUUACCUUAGUUUAUUUAAUUGUAUAUUACCUGCAAUGUGUGUUUCUUUAAUAUCUUAAUAUCUUCAAUAAAAAAAACGCCACUUUG